UAAAAAAAAAAAAAUAGAUCAUGGAAAUGCCACUGAAGAUUUGGGUUGUGAUAAUAAGUUUUAUAAGUAUAGUUCCAUUGUUUUUAAUGGCACAAAAUCUUCCAAAAGACUAUCUUAAAGCUCACAAUGAUGCACGUGCAGAAGUUAAGGUUAAGCCACUGAAGUGGGACUUGCAGCUUACAUUGCAUGCUCGCAACUUCGUGAAGAAACACAUUUCGGACUGCAAGGAAGGGCUUCAUGAUGCCACUUUUGUUGGUAAUAAAUAUGGCCAAAAUUCUGCAUAUCAUCCAAGAUCUGUGUCAGCAAGCAAAUUAUGAUGAAGGACAAGCGCACGAAGCAUCAAAGGCUACCUUCUCCACUAUAGCGAUGCCUUCUUCAACCUCCUCUUUUAGUGUGGAUCUCACUACACCCACUAUAAAGACAGGGUCAAUUGUUUGAUCCUCCUAGCUCAAGGUGGUGGUGAUGGAGGCUUUUUUGAAAGUGAGAUAUAGGGAAAAAAAAUGUUCUCAGUGUCCAUGAGGUAGAAGAUAACAAACAGGGACAAUAUGAGAAUUUUGGCUAAUUUUUUUAAAAUAUCAAUGAAAAUUUAA